UGCGGUGGAAAAGCGGCAUAUGUGGCUAGACGGCUAAAUGUAUCUCUUUCACCUGCUUGUCAUUGAAAUAUCGCAGAUUUUAUUGUAGAUACCGCAAGUUCAAUAUAUAUUGAACAUGCGGAACCGUCGGGCCGUUGUUGGCCAUACACGCUAGCAUUCUGCUAAUGAAUGCUGAUUGGUCAUGGAUGGACUUGUGACUGAUUACGACCAAAGACCCCCUAGAUGGAUGGAUGGACUAGCGACUUCCAGCUAGUGACUUCCAGCUAGUGAUUAGCGACUUCCAGCUAGUGACUUGUGACUUCCAGCUAGUGGCUAGUGAGUUCCAGCUAGUGGCUAGUGACUUUAAGCUAGUAGCUAGUGACUUCCAGCUAGUUGUAAGUGAGUUCCAGCUAGUGACUUGUGACUUCCAACUUGUGGCUAGUGACUUUCAGCUAGUGGCUAGUGAGUUCCAACUAAUGGCUAGUGACUUCCAACUAGUGCCUAAUGACUUCCAACUAAUGGCUAAUGACUUCCAACUAGUGCCUAGUGACUUCCAACUAGUGGCUAGUGACUUCCAGCUAGUGGCUAGUGACUUCCCAAAUGUUCCCCGGAUUCUUGAAGGCCUCCUUGAGCAAGAUGCUCAAACCCCUUCCCGCUCCUUAAGGACCUGGAUCUCCAACGUGGGGUGGAGAUCGCUCACCAAACGCUCACGCUCACUAACCCCUCAGCACGCGCUCCAGCCGCUCAGCCGGCCCUCGGCAGCAAGCGAGACGUGAUAAAGACUCAGCGAUAGCCAUCUGGGGUGUCAUGUAACACGCCACCCAAUGGGACGGCAGAACCACUUUACUCUCGCUCGGUCGCAUCCGAUACGGAUCUCUGGGCUUGUGUUGUGUUUGUAGUGGGUUGGGGGAGGUGGCGUGGGUACUCUGUUAACAGGAAGCUUUCUGGAGAUGUGUCAGUGAAUUAUUCAUACCGCUGUUUGCAGAUUGAACCUUGGAGAUAUAAAUAUCUUGUCUUGCUCUCUUUUUAGCAUUAAGGAGCUGAUAUUGUUAUUAAAGCAUAUGUAACAUAUAUUUCUAAAGUUUUUGGUAGCCUACAUAUUAGAGUAUCAUAUAGGCUAGUACAUGGGUAUAGCAGUUGUGACAACAUUUAUCAUUAAUAAUUCUUUCCUUGGAUUAAUAACACCAUCUCAAUGAACCUGUUCCAGGCCUAGUUCUGCUCUGACAUGCGGUCUGUGUUGCAUUGCCUACAUUGCAGGCAUUAAAUGUGUGCAGUGUGAUUAAGAGGCGCAGACACAAAAUGUCAGUGAACAAUGGCUACAAGUCAUACCCAUUAAUUCAUUACACCUCCCCCCUCCCACAAUUCCUCCAGUUUCUGCUGCCAUAUGGCCGGCAGAUACUUUGAAUUCCUGCUGCUGCCUUGUCCGUUCCCGGUGAAGCAGCCAUUCUACGGUGAACAAUGAUGAGCAGGCUCCUGGUUAAAGGGCGUGGCCUCAAGGCUGCCGGAAACCUUGCGGUCGUCCAUCAGGUCCCGGUCAGGGCUGCACCGGCACUGAGACCGCCCCACAAACUCCCCGGACACGACAACGCUGCCGCUUUGAUCCGCCGUCUCCCUACGACGCCCGCCUUAGAACGACGACCGGCAGGCGGUCCAGGUGACCACCGGACCACGAACCAACCGAAACCUGCCAGGAAUGCGCAGGGCUGAGAGUAACCUGGCAACCUAAAUUAAACCCCGGAAAGAAAGAAAACGGUCGCACGCAAACAAACACGCCCUACACACACACUUUGUAUGCAUCGAUCCGACGCGCAGCAAGGACAAUGUGCAACAUCUCGUUCUGUGAAGUGGACAGCAAGGUGGACCAGUACUUCCAGCCCACCCUCUACAUCAUCGUCAUCGUCCUGGGCCUCCCCACCAACUGUAUGGCCCUGUGGGCCGCGUACAUGCAGGUGCGGCAGCGCAACGAGCUGGGCAUCUACCUGAUCAACCUGUCGGUGGCCGACCUGCUGUACAUCGCCACGCUGCCGCUGUGGAUCGACUACUUCCUGCAGCACGACCACUGGAUCCACGGCGAGGAGAGCUGCAAGCUGUUCGGCUUCAUCUUCUACACCAACAUCUACGUCAGCAUCGCCUUCCUGUGCUGCAUCUCGCUGGACCGCUACCUGGCCGUGGCCUACCCCAUGCGCUUCGCCAAGGUCCGCCGGAUCAAAACAGCCAUCCUGGUGAGCGCGCUGGUCUGGAUCUGCGAGAUCGUGGCCAACUCGGCGCCGCUCUUCCACAACGAGCUGUUCCAGGACCGCUUCAACCACACCUUCUGCUUCGAGAAGUACCCCAUGCAGGAGUGGGUGGCGGGCAUGAACCUCUACCGCACCUUCCUGGGCUUCCUGGCGCCCUGGACGGCCAUGCUGGUGGCGUACCGGGGCAUCCUGGUGGCGGUGCGCUGCAACGUGUCCACCGAGCGCGAGGAGAAGGCCAAGAUCCAGCGGCUGGCGCUCAGCCUCAUCCUCAUCGUGCUCUUCUGCUUCGGGCCGUACCACGUGCUGCUGCUGUGGCGCAGCGUGCUCUUCCUCAACAAGCCGUGCGACUGCGGCAACGAGGAGAGCAUGUUCGCCGCCUACCACGUGUCGCUGGCGCUCACCAGCCUCAACUGCGUGGCCGACCCCAUCCUGUACUGCUUCGUCAACGAGGGGGCGCGGCACGACGUGGGCCGGGCGCUGACCUCGCUGAUGGACGCCGUGUGCCGCCGCGGCCGCCGCAAGGGCUCCGGCACGCCAUCGCACGCCGACGCCGACGCCGACUUCCUCAACGCGGCCAACUCCGUCUCGGUGGAGACGCCGCUGUCGGCCAAGAAGCAGCCGUGCGUGUACGCCGACGGCACCAAGGCCGGCGGCUACAAGACGGAGCUGGUGGCGCUGAAGGAGGAGUGUCUGCAGAUGACCAUCCUCAGCGGGAGGAAGUAACCGCCGUGGGCCUUGUUCAGCUGGCCGCCAUCUUGGCGAUAAACGCUAGCUGGGCAAGCUAGCUGAAAAGCUAGCUUGCCCAGCUAGCGAUUAUCACCAAGAUGGCCGCUAGGUGAAUGAGGCCCUUUGACCACACACUAAAAACAAACUUGGGGUAGGGGGAGGGGGACUGCUGCGACGCAACAGCCCAGAGGUGGUGGUGGUGGUGGUGGUGGUGGUGAUGGUGGUGGUGGUGGUGGUGGCGGUGGUUACAGGGCUGAUAGGAUUCUUCAGUCUGCGGGGGCGGCGACCGCGAGCCGAGAACACGAGUCCCCCUUCCCUUCCGUGGUGCCGCCCCGCCCAUGAGGCAAAGGGAGUCGAACGAGGAACUGUUUGUGCCACAAUUUGCGCAAUGGCAAACAGUUGGAACCUUUUUUUGCAAAAAACCCGUCGGUGCCAUGACGAUUGAAUUGUCAAGAACUGUUGAUGACGUGCGACAGCGCGCCGCCAUUUGAAGACAUUGUGAGUGUUGCUCACCGUGUAUGAAGGAAUAGGAAAUGAUAGAACUUUAAAGAAACCUCGCCCGGGCACGGUAAGAGUGAGGGGGACUGGGAGGUGUACCGUCCAUUCACGGAGAGGAGGAAGUGACUCUGAGCUAAAGGAACACUGUAUUGGUCGCUGUACAGGAAGUAUGGUCCCAAAUCAUUCACAAUGCUAAUUUAAAAUGUCUCAACUGUUUCCAUUUCAACAGUUUGUCAGGAAGCCAAAAGUCCUUCGGAAGUACCUCAGCUGAUAUAACAUGUAUUUAUGUUAUGUUUGUGAGUCACAGACCCUCAUUGCUACCACAGCAACAACAACAACAACCCAAAGGUCAAAGGUCAGGGCUGAGUCAGACAUGUGUGUUUGGGGGGGGGGGGGGGGGGGGGGGGGGUGGGGAGGGGGGCGUAGAGGACACGCAACCAGGACAUGAUGUUUCUACUUUAGGGUUCAUUGUAAAAGUCUAAACACUUUAAAAAACUGCCAUGGAUGAAGUAUCUCGUGCAAGAUCUGUGUGAAGCACAGAAAUAAUCCUGUGUUAUAAAGUCCAAAUUGAUGACUUCUCAUCUGGGAUGUGCCUCUCUGGCCAAGUGUAAACAGCUAUGGCCAGGAUGGCUGUGUCCCCUCAGUUUAAUGCUGUGAAUGUGUUUGGCAGAUCAGUUAAUUUAUUACUGGAAAGAACCUCUUCCCUGUAUGUUUGUUGCUAGGCAAAGAUAUUUUAAAAAACAUUUGGUAAUGAACUUUGGUGACGAGAAAACGUUUCAAUAAAUAGAAGGGUGUAAUUACCAGUUUAAGCCUGUAAAUAACUGACGGUAUUUGAGAGGGAGAAGAAAUGUCAAUGACUCGGGCUAGUAUGCCACUUUUCCUUAGUACACAGACACUUUCUAUUAUCAUAAAGAUUUGUCCCAUAGCAUAAAACACAAACUGCACAAGCCAACGUCUUGCCAUUCAUCUGACCUGGGCCAACAAACAAUACAAGGAAUCAUCUGACUUUGAAUAAAAGGAUUAAGAGAGACUAAUACAGUGUCUCCUGUGCACUUACACGUUUUGGCAACAGUAGGUUGCAGCACCAUUGUGGCCUUGUUACGACCAAUUACUAUUCCAUUUAAUAAUAGGUGUUAAUUUACUCCCUAAUUAUGUAUCAGACUCUGUUUGCUCUGUCUAUCGCCAACAAGGAAACAGAAGAGGCCUCAUUGUUUACACAUUGUCGCCCAACCUGAAAUGUGUUUGUAUGUGUGUGUGUGUAAACACGGAAGCAGCACACUCGACUUCACAAUGGUAAACAGAACAGACUCCCCUGAAUUUGGACACACUAUUGGCCAGGUCAUGGCGACUUCAUUCAUCAAAUAUAACCAGUUGGACACCAGGGAACAUUGUAAUCCAAAACCAUACCCAAAACACUGUCCCAAUAUACGAUUUCACAAACAACUGACACCAACAGAUGGCGCUGUUGCCAAAUUUCGAUUUUUUUUUUUUGGGGUAAGAUUGCUCUUCAAAAAACCCUUUUCUUCUAAAUCUCUCUCAUGUUCUCAAGAAUGGCCACUGGGGGCAGGUAGUCUCAUAGAUCGGUAGUCUGGUUGUUGUGGUUCUGCUCAUCCUUAGUUGGCGGAACCUGAGGGAUUAAAAGACAAUGUUUCUUAGUUACAACAGACAAACGGUGAAAAUAAUAAAAUAUGUGCAUUAA